GUGCAUUUUCAUUGCCGGCUGUGAAUAGAUUUUACACAGAAUCUUUCUAUGUUUGCAGUCUAACAGAUGCACAAACAUUGAUCCAGCUAUGAAUCCGUUUUUGGUGACCAAUUUUAAAUGAAAUGCUGGCUUACAAAUUUUUCCGCCAUGAUCUCAUACACUUUGUUGCCGCGCCAGAUGAAGUUAGGAAAGGAAAAAAAGUAUUGUUUCCUUUCGCCCCUUUGCCUGUCAAUUCGAAGAAGCUUCUCGAGUUGCUGUCCCUGCUAUGGCAGUAUUUUUCGCAUUGCGUGCUUGUGUUUAUAAAUACGAAAUUAUUUGUAUUGAUUUGCUACCCUGAAUCCCUAUAAUUACUGGAAGAACAAACUAACAAAGCCAACGUUUUGAAGAACACAGGAUCCCAGUGGCAUACCAAAGCGAACGAUCGGUCAACGGGCUCAUUGUUUAGGAAGCGCUGCAAUAAAUUCACUAUCUUGCUACGAGUGAAAACAAUUAUCAACAAUAAUGGCGGAAGGAGAUAUGCCCACUUUCAAAUGCGUGCUGGUUGGCGACGGUGGUACCGGCAAAACGACAUUCGUCAAACGUCAUAUGACGGGUGAGUUUGAAAAAAAGUACGUCGCCACUCUUGGCGUGGAGGUGCAUCCAUUGGUAUUCCACACGAACCGCGGUGCUAUCCGGUUCAAUGUGUGGGACACAGCUGGCCAGGAAAAAUUCGGUGGACUUCGCGACGGCUACUACAUCCAAGGACAGUGUGCCAUUAUUAUGUUCGACGUCACAUCUCGAGUAACCUACAAAAACGUCCCCAACUGGCAUCGCGAUCUGGUGCGCGUAUGCGAAAAUAUCCCGAUCGUACUAUGCGGAAACAAAGUAGACAUCAAGGAUCGUAAAGUGAAGGCCAAGUCGAUCGUGUUUCACCGGAAGAAGAAUCUACAGUACUACGAUAUUUCCGCAAAGUCCAACUACAACUUCGAAAAACCUUUCCUGUGGCUGGCUCGCAAACUUGUCGGUGAUCCUAACCUGGAGUUCGUAGCAAUGCCUGCCCUGCUUCCACCGGAAGUGAAAAUGGACAAGGAUUGGCAGGUGCAGAUCGAAAAGGAUUUGGAAGAAGCGCAGGCAACGGCCCUGCCGGACGAAGACGAAGAUUUGUAAACCUUUUGAAUUCGCAAAGCGGGUGUGUUACACACACGGCCCAUCGUGUUUUUGUAAUUUGCAUUAUAAGAAAUUCAGUUAGGUCUAUGGUUCAAAUCCAGCUAGAAAAGGCAACGUACAGACAGGAUGGAAGGAUGCGUACACUUAAUCCCAAAAUAGAAUGAACCUCCCAAUCAGAUAACAAUUGAAUAACAACAGGCGCAGGAGAAAGUGAAGAAAAUAGCAGAUUAAUAAAUCAUGUUGUGGAAUGCAGACAGCAGGAUAUUGUAAAGCCAAUCAUCAGCAUAUGCAUCAUUUUCCUUGGAUUGCAACGGCAUUAGCUAGGGGGAUAGUACAGAAAUGAAAUAUUGAGCGUUCAUCAUUCAUCGGUUUGGUAGAAGCAGGAAACGGUCAAUUUGGUACCGUUUUGCAUAUAGGCGUACAAGACAGCAGGAAUGUUUGAGUUCCCUUUAAUUUUAAUGUUACUGUAUCGAUGGACGGACUAGGAGGUAUAUUGGAAAUUGAAAAUACAGAAGCUCAUGCAAGAUUCCACACACA